AUGUUCUUAAAUGCGCCGCGCAUCCUAAACGCGAAGGCUUCCGGUAAAUGCGAAAAGAUAAAUCGCGACGGCCUGCUGAACACGACGGAGAAGAACUACCAACAGAUUGUCUGCCGACGCUGCCAUUCCAUCGUUUUCCCGGUUAACGCCGUCAUCUACGUGGAGAAAUUUCCCGUGAAGCUGCCGGUGAUGUCGCACCAGGGGAAGGGCAAGGUGCCGUUGGAAGAGAUCUCGUGGUGGUGGUACACGCACGACGACCUCGACUUUGACACCGUCGGCUGGCAGACGAUCAACGGCAAGAAGAUUCAGGUGCUGAUGUGUGGGGACUGUGAGUUCGGCCCGUUCGGCUUCCGCACCGACGACAACAAGCAUUUCUACGUGGCUGUCGAGAGGAUGCACUACCUCGAGCCGGAGGAGGCGUCUUCGAACAAG